AUGGCCGAGGAGGUCGUCCCAGCCGAAGGAGAAGAAGAAGCAUUGCAGAACGAGGUUGAAAUCGCCGUCUACAAGGCCACUUGCAUCACCGGCCCUGGCUUGAAAAACCCAUGGCUCCCAUCUGUUCAGACCGUGGCCGGGGUGGAAUUCCUCAAGCUGUCGAAAUGGGACCGGGAGUUCGUGCAAUUUUGCACUGGCCGUGCUCUCAACCUGCACCAGGCGGGUGUCAAGCCGGUUCACUCCAUCAAUGUUGAAUUCUUUCGUGAUCUUGCUGAGCUGAGGGUGCAGGCAUGCAAUGCAGCAGUUCGCAAAGUAAUCAUUGAAGCAUGUGAAGCAGAAAACAAAGAGAAGCCAGCAAAGAUUCGACUUGCUCAACAACAAGAUGAGUUCUUAGUGGGCAGUUCAGUCAGUGUCGAAGUGCCGGCCAUCCACGACAGCGAUCAGGCGGUGAUCGAGGAGCCGAGAUCCCUCAGAUUGCUCUGGGCCAUCCGGGGCGAUCUAUGGAUGGAACUCACUGAGGGCAAUCUACGGUAUGUUCGCAAGGCUGUUCGGAAUUCGCCGGUUUUGCCUGUGAAGCCAAAGCGGGCCAAGUCUAAGGUCCCUGCAGUUCGUUCGGUGAUCAUGGAUGCACAUGCCAAUCGCAGCAAGCGGCUCAUCAACGAGGUGAAGCAGGAGGAAAUGGAAGCCGAGCCCGAGGAAGAGUACUUGGAGAACAAGUACGGUGUGGAGACUGUGGGAUGGAGCAAGGAGGAGGAGGAGGAAUGGUGGUCCCAUACCGAAGAAGCGGAUGAUAAGUCAUGGGCGGCAUGGUAUGAGGGCGAGGAGGCGGCUGCCUGGUACAAGGGAGUCAAGUACGAGGCCAAGCAAGAGAACAAGUGGGGCGACCGUGGCAGGGAUGAUUCGAUGGCUUCGAGCUCCGACGGCAGCUGCAAGGGCCACUACGUGGAGGGCGGCUGGUUGUCGGCGAACAACCACUUUUACCCGAGCCAAGAUCUUUACCAUGAUCCGCUUUGGACGCUUCUUGCUAAGGUUGCAAAGUUGGGACGAGUUGCGGCGGUCAUUGGAGGUCCACCAACCCGCACGUGGUCCAUGACAGGGCACCGCGCCGAUGGACCACAUCCACUCCGCUCGCCCACUGAACCGUUUGGCCUGAGCACUCUCACCUCUGACGAGCGUGAUCUCGUUGAUCGUGAUACGGGUUUGUAUGCUCGCAUGUUGUGGUUGCAUGCACUCUCCACCGCCGGGAGGCGUGUGCACCCAAACCCAUCGAAUGGAACAUCCAUGGUGGCAUUCAUGUUGGAGCAACCGUCGGUUGAACACCACAUGGCUUCAAGCCAUUCUGCUGUGGGUAGCGCUCCGUCGUUUUGGAACACCGCGCUGUGGCAAGCUUACGCUGAAGAGGCUGGUUUGUUUGAGGUGCAUUUCCGUCAAGGUCCGUUGGGGCACGCUGGCGAUAAACCCACAACUGUUGGCACAAACUUGCCCGACCUUAGAGACUUGCAAGCGUUGCAGGGGGAGGUGCCGCAGGUUUGUUCUAGCGCCGACAACCGUGUGUCUCCAGUGUGGGCGCCGGGGCUUGUGCAAGCCAUCGUGUACGCACUCCAACGGUGGCCAUGUUACCGCCUCAUGAAAUUCACCCAAGCGGAUUGGGAACAGCAUGUUGCGAACAAUCACGUGCCUUACCGCCGUGAUUGUGCAGUUUGCGUGCACGGUGCCGGAAACGGCCGCCGCCACCACGGUGUAGUUCACCCGGAUGUGUAUUGCAUGUCAGCCGACAUUGCGGGGCCCAUCCGUGUGAAGGGCAAAGACCCAGAAAGCCGCAACCACCGACCAGCCACGUUCAAGUACUUCCUCGCUGUGUCGUACCGCUUCCCACGGCUCAGAGGAGUGAAGGAGGAGUCAGACCCCAGCCAAACCGAGGGGUUUGAUGAUGCAGCACUCCUCCCGGCACAUCCGUCCUUGCAGAUGAGGCCUUUCCCGCAGCAGAAGGAGGAGCACACACCACCUCCACGCAGGGUUCGCGGCAAGCGGUCUGCUGGUGUGAGACUUGACGACGUCUUUGCACUUGACCCGCCCCCCCCCUUGCCGCCGCCAGCAGAAGCUCCACACCCGGAAGGGCCUGUGUCACCGGUUGAGGAGGAGUCUGCCCGUGUAGCGCGCUUGAGUCUGCAAGACCUUGAAGGUUUAGCUACGGAGCUUAUCGAGGACGACUGGGACCUUGAUGAAGCGUUGUGGGUGUUAGCCGAAGUGUGCAGAGCAGCGCCCCAGCUGCAACACAAAGCUGGGUUGUACCGUCACGGAGGUGUCGUAGGAGUUUUAGGGGGUACCACAGAUAAGCCUUGGCUGACAGAGCUUAUGAAUAUGGUGCUUUCGGCAGUUGCACCCACAGCAGAGUACACCUCGCUUUGGUUGUCUAACUCCACUGUUCAACCCGUGCACGCCGACCACCACAACCUGCAGGGAUCCACAAAUGUAGUCCUCCCUUUGAAGCUCCCGCCUAACGGAGGGGAUUUGUGGAUAGAACUCAAGCCUGGUGACCUAGUCAGUGGCCCUGUAGAGGAGCGGGUAGACGGCAAAGGCAGGCGCUGGUUAGGGACAACUCACAAGUUAGAGCGCGGUAAGCCCUUCUUCCUAGACCCUACUCGCCGCCACGCCACCACUCCCUGGAAGGGUGAGAGAGCAGUGCUUGUCGGCUACACUGUCAACACGUUAGGCAAAGAGCUUGAGCACGAGUUUCAAAGCCUUGAAGCUUUAGGUUUUCCACUCCCAGCGUCGGUACGUUUACCGCUGACUGAGCAGCAAGACGUGAGACGUCUAGACGCGUUUGACUGCUUCGAAGAAGAGCCCCUUCAGGAGACAAAGGCACGUCACCCUGACGGGAAGACUUCUGAGUUAGCGCCUGGGACUGUGCUUAAAGGCGGAGGUUGGAAAGAAACCCAAGCCGUAGAAGCAGGUACUGUAGAGCUGGAGGUGUCGUGGAACCUGAAACACUCGCCGGACCACAGGCGAACCCAGUCUGAGCACGCCCUGCUGGCUUGCCAACCAGACACCGAGACACAGGUUGAGGAGGAGGAGAGCUCAAGCGAAGACUCCUUGCCGGAGCAACCAGUGCUGUGGGAGUUGUGGGUUCCAGACCCGCAGACAGGUGAGCAGCUGUGUGUUCUCAGGUCUGACGACUCGGACGCGAGUGAAGCUUGCGCCCUUUGCAAGUCUGAGCCGGUUUACACUACCAACGUGGAGCUGUUGCUUGACGGGUUGCAAGAACCACUGCAGGUAGUCCACACUGUAGACCCUCGGGAUGCAGAGCAAUGCAUCGAGAAGUGGAUGCCGUCCAUUCACAAAGAGAUCGGUGUCAUUGAGAAGGCUGUGCGGCGACUGCCCCCUGCAGAGGGUGACGCUGCCCUCGCUACCCGGAAGGGUCAAGCUUACCACAAACGCAAGGCUCGCUUGGUCGCUUGUGGCAACCACGCCUACAGUGAAACUCAAGCUGUGGGCACUGGGACCGUGGCGCAGCAAGACCUGCAGCUGAGUGCCUUCGCUGUCCUGCUCGCCUUCUUUCAGGUCGUAGGUGCUGCCAGCCAGACAACGGACGAGGAAGAAGACUUGUCUCUCCCCGUGUCGCUUGAUGCAGAUUUGAUGUUGGCAGUAUCCAUCAUCUGCAUUGGUAUCUGCUUCAUUGCAGUGUGGGAGUUCUUCAAGUGGUGCCUUCAAGGCGUCAUCUCCCGCCGAGAGGCAGGGACACCCGUGUUGUCUCUGAGCCCCCGCAAGGCGCGCAAGUUACAGCGCCUUCGAGAUCAAACUGCGCAGGCCAUCCAGGCCGAGAUCUCUGCACGUGAGGAGGCAGCAAGCUCGCAGUCUGUUGCUGCAGCGCCCAGACGCCGUCCCUCACAAACAACUCGCACGCGUGAGCAGGCAGGUGGAGCACCAACGCGUUACUUUGCAACCCCCGAAGGGACCAAGCUCCACCGCACUAAGACCUGUUCCACGCUCGCCCACUCGCACAGGUUUGUUGAGUUUCAAGUGUGCCAGCAGGGAGGACAAAAGGAGCAGGCCAAAAGAGUCAAGGCCGCCAAUGAGAAAGUGCAGAUGCAGGCUUUGCACAUCCAGCAGCUUGGGUCUGCUUUGGCUGCCAUGAACAGAAUGACGGCCAUAUUGGACAGGUCGGUGCAGUGA